AUGGAUUCCGUAGCGGCCACAGUUAAUGGCACCAACGGCACCACUGGCAAGCAGAUUGCACCAGAUAAGAUAGCACAUUUUGGCCUGCGAACAACACCUGAGAAUUUCGAGAAGAUGGUUGACUGGCACAUCAAGUUCUUCGCUGGGGAGGUGGUCCUCAAAACGGACCAUGCUGCCUUCAUCAGAUUUGACGACGAACAUCAUCGAAUCGUGAUUAUUGCGGAUCGAGGUCACCAGAAACCUCCAGAUAAGCGGGCGGCAUGCGGCAUCUAUCACAUAUCGUUUGCUCUCAAUACGCUCGCAGUGCUAGCCACGAGCUACGAACAGAAGAAGAGUUAUGGAAUUUUGCCCCACUGGCCCGUCAAUCACGGCAUCUCCACUUCACUGUACUAUUUCGACCCAGAUAGGAACGAAUUCGAGUUUCAGGUUGAUAAUUUUGACACCGCGGAGGAGGCUCAUGCCUUCAUGGCUACAGACGAAUUCGCACUGAACCCGAUCGGCGUGGAUUUUGUACCCGAGGACUUUGUCAAGCGAGUAAGGAGUGGGAAAGAAACGGAUGACGAGAUCAAAAAACGGCCAAUCAUCGGCAAGAGGGCAAGUAGAUGGGAAAAUUCACUGUUUUUCACGGAGGAUAAUAAGUGGGAUAAUUAG